AUGCCGUCCAUACCUUCGAUAUUAAUUAUUGGUGUUAAUCCUAUUGUUAAAAUUGUUGUACCACUUUUACGUGCUUUUGGUUUUCAAAUAGUUCAUUUAUGGUCACCACGUCGAUUAACAUCUGAUUUAAUUUCAUUAUGUAAAGAUACAUUAAAUAUUGAUUCAUAUUCUUGUUCAUUAACAUCACUUGAUCAAUUGUUAAAUAAUGCAACACAACCAUAUCUUAUUUUUAUUUGUACAGAAACUGAUCAACAUUUACCACUUAUGAAACGUAUAAUAAGUACACCAACUAUAAAACCAUGUAAUCAUCAUGUUAUUUGUAUGCCACCAUUUAAUGUUGAUCCAAAAUCAAUUUUAUCAAUACAACAAAUUCAACAACAAUUAUGUUGUUAUUGUUAUCCAAUUGGAUUUUUACCAACAUUUAUUAAACUUAAACGUUAUCUUUAUGAUGAACAAACAAAUAUAGGUGAUAUUCAAUCUAUUGAACUUCGUAUUCGUUGUUGUUCAUUAAAAUCAUGUUCGGAUGAUCGAAUAAAUAGUAGUCUUCUUAAUCGAUUUGGUUCAUUUGCACUUUUUAUACUUUUUUAUUUAUUUGGUACACAAUAUUUAUCAACAAUAAGUCAUGCUUAUAUUCAAUCACCAAAUGAAACAACAUGUUCAUUUCAUAUAAAUUAUAAUCGUUCAAUACGUUUACCACCUAUAUUUGUUAAUAUAAUAUCAAAUUCACAUAUAUCAUCAACAUAUAAUCAAGAAUUAAUAAUAAUAGCAUCAAAAUGUGCACUUAUUGUUAAUGAUUAUCGUUUAAUAUUACGUCGUUUUAAUAUUGAUGAUCAAAUAUUAAUUGAUUCAUUUCAUUCAGAUACAAGUGAAAAAUUUUCACAAUUUUCCUAUGAAAAUCCUGAAAUACCAUUAAUAUUUAUUCAAUCAUUUUAUUAUUUUAUUGGACAUUUAAAAGAAUCAUUAAUAAAUCAAAUACCUCGAUCAACAUUUACAGAACUUACAUCUUUUGAAAUUGUUUGUAAAGUACAAGAAGCAAUUGUUGCUAUUCGUGAAGCAGCACGAACCGGUGAAAUUGUGCCGAUUGUCAGAUGA